CACCAAACUCUCGAAACUCAUCUUCAACCUGCGCUGCGAAUCAACCUCAAUUUCUUAUCCUCAACGGCCCUAUUUUUUCUUGGUCCCAUCUAGCGCGUGUUUCGUUUUUCUAGCUACACGCUGCUCCGAGUCUUAUUCUUUCGAUAAAGUCUAUACGCGUGGCUUCCGUAUUAUCCUGACAUGAAGUAGCCUCGCACGGUCACCAUCCCAUUACGUUCGCGAACGUCCCGGAAGACGUCGACAAGUCCUUUUACGGCGCCGGAAUUGCGCUAAUAGCCAUGGAUGGCUUUUCCGCAAGUUCGCCGGCCUCGGGCCUGGUCCGUGUGGAUGGGGUGGACGGGGUCACCAUUAAGGAGGAGGAGCCCGAUCACGACCAGGUAAACGGACAGACGUUCCAGAACAUCGACUGGGCUGCGCAGGAACAACAGGACGAAGAUGAUAUCAAUAAAAUGUUUGCUGAUGAGGGGAGGGUUACGAUGCCAGAAAACCUCGAGCUAUUUGCCGACAAAGUAAUUGACCAGACCGACAAAGCAGCAGACGCGAUCGACUUCGAAGAUAUCAGUGAUAGUGACCUGGCUUCGGACGAUGGCUCUAGCGCUGUUGAUGCGGGCAUCUCGCAAGUUCCCGGGCUCACGGAAGACGAGGGAACUAGCCAUGAGAACGAAUAUAUGGAUGACCUCUUUGGAGGUGGCCCUGAAGGCGAACCCGACUUUCCAUCUUCACCACCUGCGGCUGACGUGGCAACCGAACAACCUUUAGGUGGCUUGACCGUGCCGACUAAGGUUACAGUGGUGAAGGAGCGCGAUGUCACGGACGAGGCUUGGAAGAAUAUGUCGUUCGAGGAGAGGCAGAGACUUAAUUUCCCUCAGUAUAACCUAUCCAUAGAUAGAUGGAUGAACCAGGUCAGCAAAGAGGAUACCUCGGUCCAGAAGGCCCCUGAGAAUGUAGAUGAGCUUUUGGCACAAAAGUUUCCUGGUUUUGAAAAGCAUAUGACUCUGUUCUUUAACCAGCUUUUCCCGGAAUGGCCUGCGGAAUAUAUAUACAAGGAGCCCCCCAAUAAAGACAGAGACCCACCCGAAUUUGUGCCUACUAAGCUCGAGCUUGAACUAGAAGCCGAUUCCUCGAAGCUAUUCAGGAUUCCAGAGAGUGCGCUAGCUGCUCAAAGAGGAGGCUAUAAUGAUGACGACGACCGGGGCUUAGAUGCGACCGAUAGCUACUCAGAUACCUCAGACUCGGAGGAGUCACUCAUUGGAGGCUUUAGCUUGGAUGAGAUUGCCACAGUAUGCGAUGACUGGAAUGCCUUCACGCGAGUCGACUCUUCUAUUCAGAAAGCUACUAUUACUGUCGUUAAGGACGAAGAAAUGGAUGAUUGGGAGAGGGAGUUUUUGCAACCGCAAACUAAGAAAAAGCGGAGUAGAUACGAACCCGGUCUCCCGAAAAUAUCGUCGUUUGAUACUUGUCAUGUUGACGAUUUCCUUAGAGAGACGCGGAGAGCCACUAAGUGCGUCAGGCUGGAUUAUAAUGACCCUUACCUCUUGAUUGACAAAGACGGUGACAAGGAGAGGCCGUCUAAACGUCCGAAGAUCGAGGAAAAAACUAAGCGGAUGGCCAAUGGUCAGCUAAGAAGAGAUGUUCUCCAUCAUUUCAAUCUCUCGAAUGACGACGCGUACGAUGCACUCAAGGCGAACCACAAGAGCAAAGUUCGAGCCACUUUGUCCAAUCUUUCUGUCGAGCAUAGCUUGCCUGCACUCAAACUGACCUUCCCCUUCUAUCGAACCAAGGUUGACGCCAGACCUUGGGAGUACCACCGCAAGAGGUUCGAGGUGGAGAAGGUGGUAAAACAUGCUAUUGGAGUACGCAAACCUACCAAGAUCAGGCGAAAGGACACGAAAGGAAAGACCAAUCAGGAGAUCUUCCGCACUACAAAAGACCUUAGCUUGAAUGAUAACUCCACUGCAGUUCUCUUCGAAUACUGUGAGGAAUUCCCUAUUAUGAUGUCAAACUUCGGCAUGGGUAGCCGCGUGAUCAACUAUUACCGCCGCAAAGAUCGAAAUGACGAGGAUAAAAUCCCGAAACUUGAUAUUGGCGAAGGCCACCCGCUGCUACCUGAAGAUAGGUCGCCUUUCUCCAUCUUCGGCACCGUGGACCCUGGGGAGACGGUUCCCACGUUACAUAACGAGAUGUACCGGGCGCCGAUCUUCAGACACGAGCCUAGGCCGAAUGACUUCAUCCUCGGAUAUUCAACAAACGCUACCGAAGGUCCAAAGUUCUAUCUCCGCAAAAUCGAUCAUGUUUAUACGGUUGGCCAGACGUUCCCUUCAUUGGAGGUGCCCGGACCCCAUGCUAGGAAGGUGACAAACACGUCGAAAAACCGACUCAAGAUGAUCGCGUACCGCAUGAUGAAGAAGAAGCCAACUCAGGACGUGGGCCUCAACGAAAUAACGCCUCACGUGUUCGAGAAGCCGGAUCCACAGAACAGACAGAAGAUGAAAGAAUUUCUCCUAUAUGAUAGAGAGAAGAAGACCUGGGUUUUACCCGAAGGCCAAACUCUCAUGGACGAAGCCGCUAUACGAUCGAUGAUCAAGCCAGAGGAUGCUUGUUUGAUCGAAGCCAUGCAAAUUGGCCAACAGACGCUAGCAAAUGCCGGUUACGAUCCUAAGGACAGGGAUGAAGAAGAUGAAAACGUGGAAGAACCAUUGGUGGCUAGGAUGGCGCCCUGGGAACUUACCAAGAAUUUCAUCGAUGCCAGUGCGGGCAAGGCUAUGGUGGCCCUCCACGGCGAAGGCGAUCCUACUGGUCACGGCCUUGGAUUCAGUUUUAUUAAGACCUCUAUGAAAGGCGGUUACAUAAACGCUGUCCAGGGCCCACUAGCUACUUCGGCGGAUGCGAUUGAACGUGAACGUAAGGCGAACGGCGGUCAUUCGUACAAUGUCAAGAAGCAGCAGGACAUGUAUAACGCGGCCAUUCGCCAGAUCUGGGAGAGACAAAAGAGUACACUUAGCGACCCUACUACGCAUGACGAUGCAGAUGUUCUUGAUACGGCUAACGAAGACGAUCGCUUCAAUUCGAGACAGCCCGAUAUGACUCCUGCGCCGCUGGACGAUGGACGUAGCCAGUUCAGUCGCUUGAGCGCAGCCAGCCGUUCAGGCAGGAAGAAACUCAAGAUCGUCCGGAGGAAGCAGAACGAAGCCGGAGAGACUACUACCGAAACCAUCAUCCUGACUAAUCCGACAGUUAUAAGGAGUUAUUUGAGACAACGUCGAGAGCUUGAUGAGAAGAAUAGAGACGUCUACAGUUUGCAGCCCACUGCUGAUGCGGAUGACAAUCGCGAGAAGCAGAAACUUGUGGACAAGGAGCUUUCGAGGCUCCUCAAGAACCAAGAUCGACGCCAAAUCCGCGAGAAACAAGGGAAGAGCAAGAAGAAGAAGCCUGAGGCCAACCUUGAUGCAUCUCCGGAUCCGCCCACCGGUGAUAAGAUAUCGGCGGGUACAACCCGAAAGUGUGCCAACUGCGGACAGGUAGGACACAUCAAGACAAACAAAAGCAAAUGUCCUCUAUUGAACGGCACAAUCACGACGAACAAUGGGGGUGCCGACCAUGGCGGAUUCGGCUCUUUCGGGGCACCAUCUGCCGCACCAUCCUCAGCCAACGAGUAGGUAAUUGGAGGAGGAAGUUCUUUCCGGUCAUUCAUUCCCGUUCUCCUCGACAUUUUCACAUUUGAUACGCCCCGACUGUAGGGACAAUAAUUUAGACUAUGGAUUAAGGUGAGGGUACUGUGGUCCUCGUUGGUACGGUUAACGUAUAACUGUUCCCUUCACUUCCCCUACGUCUUCUCGGCCAUGCCGAUUUCUCUCUUCGAACCGCCCCCCCAAAAACAUAGGACAGGUCGAUUAGUUUUACCCAAAAAGGCUCUAGGAUGGUAGUUCGAGUUGGUUGAUACAUCCAGGAAGGGUUUAGGGGGUGUGGCCAAAUAUGGAAGCAUAGGCAUGGUGUUCAGGUUCGAGAAUGGUUCUGCAUGGCUACAACGAUAUUCUCAAGGGACAUUUGCAAUUUGUUUAAGACUAUGGAAGGUCUACUGCAACCACGAAAACCGCGUGGUUGGCCGAUAUAUGGUCGUCCAUAUGCAAGUCUCCCGCUACACCCGAGCCCCUGGAACAAUGGCGAGUGGCUAAGCAGAUAGAGAGCGGUAAUACCAAAAUCACUUUAACAA